UUUACCAACCCAAAUACUAUACCAACGGCAAAGUUCACACCGACCCCGAGUCGAUAUCCCGUCUCCACCCAACUCUGUCUGUAUCCCUUACAUGUCCGUCUAUCAAUUUCUUAUCUAUCCCAACUCUAUGACUCUGAAGCAAAUAAAAUUUUAUACCCUGAUUCUCAACUAUUCAAGUCCAGCAUCAAUCACCUUGUAAGCAAAAAAUCAAACCUUUGAAACAGAAGAUAUUUGGAGACAAGGAUUCAAUGGGGACUGGUGUAUCCAAGAACGCUGACGGAGGGUCUAAUGGAGGGGAGGAGAGAGAGGAGAGCCUGGACCAAGCCGGAGGUCAACUGUACGUGUCGUUGAAGAUGGAGAAUUACAAGCUAAAGGGAGAGCUUAUUCCUCACGUUUAUGGCUCUGACCCUCUUGUUGGCUCUUGUGAUUCUUCUAAAGCUCUUUCAAUGGAACGCGAAUCAGCUUCAAUGUGGGAAUUGAGCUUUGUAGUUCCUCCGAAUCACGAAACGCUGGAUUUCAAAUUCCUUUUGAAGCCAAAGCAUGGUAACAUGCCCUGUAUUGUUGAGGAGGGUCCAAAUCGGCUCCUCACAGGGGGUACCUUACAAGGGGACGCAAGGUUGGCACUGUUUAAGUUAGAUAGUGAGGAGGUUCUUGAGUAUCGGGUGUUCAUUAAAGCGGACAGAGUUUCGCCCUUUGAUCUUGCAGCUAGUUGGAGAGCUUACCAGGAGAAUCUCCGGCCUUCAACUGUCCGUGGAAUUCCUGAUGUUAGUAUUAAUUCGGCACCUGCUACAGGUCUAGAGAAUGGUUCUUUAGCUAGUUUGGAGCUUGAUCUUGAGCAUUAUGUUGUCCCUGCUCCAUCAACUUCAGCAAAUUCAGGUAUGGUUUAUGCAGCUAACCUGGCAGAAAAUCCACAGUUGUUAACCACUGCCAGGGUUUUAAAUGACGGCUCAGGCAGUGUAUCUCAGUUUAAAGACAGUGGCAUAUGCCGUGUAUCUGUUGAUCAACCUGCAAGUAUAAAGGAAAUGGAAGUUAUCGUACCAGAUCCUCAAAAUGUGUAUUCAGGAUCUGGUAUGGUUGAAUCAAAAUCUGUGGGGACCUUUUCAUCUUUGCAAAAGGCUGACACUCAUAGGGGACUCUUUGUGGAUAGGGGUGUUGGAUCUCCUAGGCUGGUUAAAUCCUCUAGUUCAAGUGCUUUUAGUUUUGAUCUUAAACUGGAUACAGAAACAAAGAAUUCAAUUCCAGCAGCUGCUGGAGCUGUUGCUGCUGCAGCUAUAGCUGAUCGGAUGCUUGGACCGAAGGAGGAUAGACAUUUAGCAAUUGUCCUGGUUGGUUUACCAGCUCGAGGAAAGACUUUUACUGCAGUUAAACUUACAAGAUAUCUCCGGUGGUUGGGACAUGAUACUAAGCACUUUAAUGUUGGAAAGUAUCGACGCCUCAAACAUGGAGCUAAUCAGUCUGCUGACUUUUUCCGUGCUGACAAUCCUGAAGGCAUAGAAGCACGAAAUGAGGUAGCGGCCCUGGCAAUGGACGAUAUGAUAGCGUGGAUGCAAGAAGGUGGCCAGGUUGGAAUAUUUGAUGCAACUAACACUCCCAGGAGUCGUAGGAAUAUGCUGAUGAAAAUGGCUGAAGGAAAAUGCAAGAUUAUUUUUCUGGAAACAAUAUGCAAUGACGAACGAAUUAUUGAAAGAAACAUACGCCUUAAAAUUCAACAAAGCCCUGACUAUGCAGAAGAGCCAGAUUUUGAGGCUGGAUUACGAGACUUUAGAAAUCGGUUAGCCAAUUAUGAAAAGGUGUAUGAGCCGGUAGAAGAAGGGUCUUACGUCAAAAUGAUCGAUAUGGUUAGUGGACAUGGUGGACAAAUACAGGUUAACAAUAUAAGUGGCUAUCUUCCUGGACGGAUUGUGUUUUUCUUGGUGAAUACUCAUCUGACACCACGGCCAAUACUACUCACUAGACAUGGAGAGAGUUGUGAUAACGUUAGAGGCAGAAUUGGGAGUGAUAGUGUAUUGAGUGAUGCUGGAGAACUUUAUUCAAAGAAACUUGCAAACUUUAUUGAGAAGCGACUGAAAUCUGAAAGGGCUGCUUCUAUAUGGACUAGCACACUGCAGAGAACAAUCAUCACAGCAAGUCCGAUUGCUGGAUUUCCCAAGAUACAAUGGCGUGCGCUUGAUGAGAUUAAUGCUGGAGUUUGUGAUGGAAUGACUUAUGAGGAAAUAAAGAAGAACAUGCCUGAGGAAUAUGAGGCUCGUAAGAAGGACAAGCUAAGGUAUCGGUAUCCUCGUGGAGAAUCUUACCUUGAUGUCAUCCAAAGGCUUGAACCUGUAAUUAUCGAGCUUGAAAGGCAAAGAGCACCAGUCGUCGUGAUAUCUCACCAGGCGGUACUGAGAGCAUUAUAUGCUUACUUUGCUGAUAGGCCUUUGAAAGAGAUUCCCCACAUCGAGGUACCGCUUCAUACUAUCAUAGAAAUACAAAUGGGAGUCACAGGUGUCCAGGAGAAAAGAUACAAACUCAUGGACUGAACUGAUUAUACUCCUCAAAAUCUGUUCUUCUGUUAAUUUAUUACCCAAAUUCAAGACAAAUAAUUUUUCUCCGUUCAUUUCAUUUUAAUUCCUUUACCGGACAAAAGCCAGAAUUUAUUGCUCUACUUGCCCAAAUCAUAAGUACAAAUGUUGGUAUAUUUCUGCCCUAACUGCUCUUGAAA